AUGGCCGGCGGCUUCUACAAAGCAGCGUUUGGUAUGCGAGUUGAUGGAACUCGAGCCUGGGAACGGCUACCAGCGGACGUCAAGGCCGAUACUCAGACUAACAGGAAAGAGAAAUGUGCGAGGUGGCUAAGACGAAUCUUCACGUUCUGGAACGGCAAGGGAGUAGCACAUCUUACUUUCUGGGAAUACAUGCGCUUCGCCUACGACAUCUACACCAAGCCGCUCAACGAUGUAGCCCGCCGUGCCUAUACUCGACAUGGCCGUCUGUACGGCUCCUACCAGGGUACAGUGCCAACUCUAGUGGUUGGCGACGCAGACAUCUUGCGCGAGAUCCUCGUGAAGAAAUUCAAGAACUUUUCGGACAGGUCGCUAUCUCAGACAGUGGGGAGUGAUGUCUGGAAGAAGUCCAUCAUGAACCUUUCUGGUGAUGAGUGGAAGAAAGCGCGAGCAAUCUUCACUCGGGCUCUUACUCCAAGCAAGUUUAAGAUGAUUUUGGCCAAGAUAAAACCCAUUGCUGGAAAGAUGACUUCAAGAGUGAUAGAUGCGGCAGCUGAAAGGAAGCCUGUGAACUUCUCCGAGCUUGCUAGCAACGUGGCUUUUGACACCGCAGCUGCUCUUAACUACAGUGUCGACACGUACAGCGAGGUUGAUAAGGAUCACACCAUUAUGAAAUGUCUUGAAAAUAUCGCCAUGGGUCCCAGUGGCUGGAGAAUCGUGAUGAUGUUUCUCAUGCCAACUUUGUACAAGGGUUUGCAGCCCGAUUAUCCUCCGAAGUCAAGCACCGAUGUAUUCAAGGCAUUUGUGUCACAUGUAAUUGAAGACAGGAUGUCGAAGAACAAGGAAGAAGACGACUUCCUUCAGGUUUUUAUGAAUGCCGACUACAACUGGGAAUAUGACUCAGCGAGAAAGUCCGACAGAUAUGAAAUAAAGAAAAUGUCGCUGGACGAAAUGACCGCCCAAAUUAUAUUGUUCUUCAUGGCUGGAGUGGACAGUGUGUCUAACGCCCUCACCGUUACCGCUUACUACCUGGCCCUUAAUCCUGAAAGUCAAGACAAAGUCAUUGCGGAGAUAGACAAGGCACUCGCAAAGGAUGGAGUCACAUACAAUUCUCUGCAGGAGGUGCAGUAUCUUGACGCUUGCAUCAAGGAGGCCAUGAGACUUUGCAUUCCCGAUUCAAUACUCCUGAGGGUCUGUACAGAGGAAACUACGGUGGCGGGCAUCCACUUCAAGCCAGGCAUGUGUGUGGAGAUUCCUGUCGCUGGAAUUCACUACGACCCGGAAUAUUUUCCUGAACCAGAAAGUUUCAAUCCAGACCGGUUCAUGCCAGAAAACAAGGAUUCCAUUAGGCCAUUCACUUACAUGCCUUUCGGUGCCGGUCCACGUAACUGCGCCGGCAUGCGCCUCGGCUUCCUUCAAGUGAAGGCAACUCUCGCGUGUCUGCUUCAGCACGUUAGAUUAGAGACCUGCUCAGGAACAAUGAUACCACUGAAGUUCAAGUCUGGUCAAUUUCUUCUUAACUUUGAUGGUCCAUUGCUUCUUCAGGCAGUGCCCCGCAACCACUCUGGGAACAAUACUUCCUUCUGA